UUAACUUCUACUGUUUACCAGAGAAAGCUAUAGUGUAGUGUAUGGCCAUGCUCGUACCAGCUCGUCUCGGCCAGACCUGGAGGUAGCUGACCGAAAUUUUACGUCCUGUGCGCAGUCAGUCGAAGGAGUCCUGGUGCGAGUACGCCCUAAAUCACGAGUCGCUUCGACUGGGCUCGUGUGAGGGCGGGAUUGAUCGGCGUAGGAGAGCAGUGGGAGGGUGGAGGCAGGCAGCGGCGUAACUGAAGAGACGGGGAGGACGAUCUCGAUUAUCUGAUCGAUUUAGCAAUUGACUGACAAGCGUAAGCGAUUCUCGGUUGAGUGAUUAAAAAAACCAGAUCGGCUGUUUUGGUAAUUCGGGAGUCUUUUCUCUUCGUUUCGCUGCGCUGUCGAGGCGACGACGGAGUGAUUGGGCGCGGUACAGAGAAGAAGAGUGAUUACUUGAGGUGGUGGUUCGUCGAGGGAUUGGGAGGUUGUAGAGGAGGAAAGUGCAUGGGCGAGUGCUUGACUUGAUUGCUUGAGUGCAUUGGGCAGUGAGGGCUUGCGUGCAUUGGGCAGUGAGGGCUUGCGUGCAUUGGGCGUGAAAUUGGGCAGAGUGAGGGAAAGGAGGAGGAGUAGGAGGUGACGGGAGGGAGGGAGAAGUUGAGAGGAGAGGGAAAGAGGAGAAGUGACAGGAGUUUGAAUUCCACAAGCUACUCGCAAUGUCGGAUAUGGCGGACCUGGACGAGAUCGCAGAGGAUAUCUCCUUCCAAGCCUUUGACGAUGACUGCCGAUUAUUGGGGUCAUUGCUAGAUGAAUGUCUCAGGUCGGAGGUCGGUGAAGAGUUCAUGGCCAAAGUCGACCGUAUACGUGUCCUAGCGCAGGAAAAGGUAUCUCCCUCGUGGCAGGAAGGUGCACAGUGGAAAGGUGCACGUGGAUGUUGGCUUGUUGCCAAAGCGUCGCUGGGAGAUGAUGUCGCCGACCUCCUGAAAACCAUCCAUGGRAGGAGGGUCCUGUGUACGUCUCCCGGGAAAAUCGUCAUGCUCCGCAGGCGUGUAGAGAGCCAAUUUGGAGCAAUGAAAGACUGGGUAGACGGGCAAGUGGCUAGGCACCCGAAUCGUGAAGGAAGGCCCUUCGGGUGCGUCCCCAGCGGGCUCUAUGAUCGGCCAAGGUCCCAUCCAUUCCGGAAGGAGCUUGCGAGAGAUGUCUUGUUUAAGGCCGAAUUCCGCGGCGGAAACCCAGACGAGGUCCCCGGCGCGGAAUGGACAAGGGAGACGCUGGCGAUUGGCCUGCUGGCUCAUGCACUGCUGUGUCUUAGCCAUCUGGUCGCGUGCCUUGACAAGAAGCUCUUGCAUUCGACGCAAGAAAAGAAGACGGUUGUCGCUCUCGGUUGUGCGUGGAGUGAUAGUGUCCAACGGGGACGUGACCGGCGAGCCGUGCUUGAACUCGAAGGGCGAUAUCCCAAUAGCCGGGUGGAUGGAAGAGUUGUAGGCCAACUCGUUAUUCGGCAGUCGCUCAACCCAGUCUUUCUGGUCGGGGCGGAUGAGAGUGCGAAGGAGAACCUGUGCGGUCUGAUGCGCCCUCUCCGUCUGGCCAUCGGUCUGAGGGUGGCGAGCUGAACUGGGCUUGAGAGAUGAGCCUCAUCGUUUGAUGAGCGCCAACCAAAAAUCGGACAUGAACAGAGUGUCGUGGUCGCAGACGA